AUGCCGGCCUGGCACUCGAAAAUACCAAAAAUUAGGCGAAAGUCCCAAUUCACUGCAACUGCACACAACCACAGUCGUAUUGAUUGGAGAAAGGGCAUUUGCGAUCCGGAGCCAACCAAUUUCGCACCUUUAACAUGUUUUGUUCUCGGCAAGACCCAUUCCAUGGAAUCCGACCUGAGAGACGCCCGCCUAAAAUACUCAAAGGAAGAUGACGUGUUCUGUGACGAAUUCUUAAAAACUAUACUCAUCUUGACUGAUAACAGGUCAAUCAGCGAGUCUGUGCAGGGUAUUCUUAGCGAGUGGGGCUGUACAAGCGUAUUUCUCCAGUCUCGUUCCCAGGACAUAUCUCCCGGGCCUUAUUUCUUCUCCAGUCGUGGUAUUUACUCAGCUUGGAGGCUGUAUUCUGACGACCACGAUGCUUUUGUUCUCAGCACCACUCCUUCUCAGACGGAUUGUGAAACCUACGAGAACAUGAAUGCUUCAGCCUUUGGUUUAUCAUCACUUUGUAUCGCUGUUCCAUCUCGUAUGAAAUUUCAGUCUUCCAACAAGCAGCCACUCGCUGGCUUGCGGAUAGGAGUAAAAGACCUAUUCCACUUGAAGGGUGCCCACACCGGCUGUGGGAACAGAGCAUAUCGCAGACUUCAUCCAGCUCAAGAAUACUCGACUGAAAGAGUCAAGAAAGUCGUCGACCUUGGUGGGAUAAUCGUUGGGAAAACAAAGACUGUCGAGUUUGGUGGCAGCCAAGAGGUUAUUGGAGAUUGGUGCGACUAUUUUUAUGCAUUUAAUGCUCGUGGUGAUGGCUAUUUUGCAUCAACCGGAAGUAGCACUGGCUCUGCCGCCAGUCUAGCAGCCUAUCCAUGGUUAGAUGUGACGCUGGGUACUGAUUCUGGUGGAAGUAUUCGCGAUCCAGCGGUGGCUCACGGUAUAUAUGGCUUUCGACCCUCCCAUGAUGGCAGAGAGGCGACGGACAUGGUCCUCCCAUGCGGAAUCUUGUUCCCCAAAGAGUAUCACUUACCGAAUUCGAAUGCCCAAGCCGUUGUAGAUGGAUGGGUGACGAAAUUGGCAUCCUGGCUUCAAGCUGAGAGUUGCGAUGUUUCCAUUGAAGACAUCUGGAAUGCGACCAAGCCAGUUGCCUCAUCCGAAAGCUUCUUCGAAACAUUUAAAAAGACAUUUAUCACUCUAACAUAUCGUGGGUUUUGGAUCGACUUGGCUAGCUUCCGCGACGAAUACAGGAACAAAUUCCACGAGAAUCCAUACGUCUGCAAAGUUCUUCAGGCACUCUGGGACCUAGGCAAGUCUCUGUCUCCAGAAGAAAUACAACAAGCGUUAGAUGAAAUAGUCUUGCACAACACCUGGUUCUUCAAGAACAUACUCAAUGACCAGAAAACCAUCAUCGUAGCUCCGCGAUAUGCGCUUGACUAUAGAGAUGAAUAUUUGCCGUAUGCUUAUAAUGUUCACAUCUCGGUGGAAGGAAUAGUCUAA